CGCCCAAAACGUCACACCUUUCUUUCCUACACCGAUAUCCGCCUGUUGUCCGACACACCGAGAGAUCUCACUUCCUCGGACGACUUGAGGAGAACGACACAGCGAACGAACGCACCAUACAACAAAGUCUCCCGGCGAACACAAUCUAAGACAUGGCCAACGGACAGCAGCCCGAGUCGUGGGAGGACGAGAUGCGCGAUGAGGAUCUCGCCAACCAGACUCAGCAGCAGAUGAACAUGCAAGGAGGAGCGCCUCGAGGUGGCACCUUUGUACCCGGCGCUCAGUCCUUCACGCCCGGCGCACAAUCGUUCAACCCUGGCCAGCAAUACCAGCAAUACGGAUAUGGUCAGCAGUACGGCGGUGGCUACCAACAGUACGGCCAACAACAGGGCUACAAUCAAUACCAGCAGUAUGGACAAUACCAGCAGCAAGGCUAUGGACAACAACAAUACGCCCAGCAGGGAUACAACCAAUAUCAGCAGCCACAACAGCAGGCAUACGUCCCUCCAGCGGCACGGCAAGCACCAAUGAUCGCAAAGCGAGGAGAGGCGCUUCCGACCGCCGCGGCGGCUAAGCCUGCUGCAGCGAACGGAGCUGCUGCUCCGGUGAAGACACUGUCUCUCAGCGCUGCCGACACAGGUGCCGCUGCUCCCAAGGUAGAGAAGGCGACCGGUGGAGCCAAGGUUCUCUCACUGGGAGGUGCUCCCGCAGCAGCCACACCAAAGGCUGCACCCGCACCCAAGGAGGCUGUCAGCAAAGAUGCUCCUGAGGCUGGUACUAAGGUCGCAGCAGCAAAGGCGAUCGAGAAGACGGGCGAACCCACCGCCGCGGUCAGUGGUGCGAGCUCCCCGACACCGUCCGGUCGAUCAUCUCCCACCCGCGCCGACAUCAAAGCCGAGGAGAAGAGAAAGGCGGAUCAGGUCCUGGCAGACCAGGCUGCUGAGGUUGAUGAGGAGGCUUUGGCAGAAAUGUACGGAAAAGAGCACGUCAACGUCAUCUUCCUGGGCCACGUCGAUGCUGGAAAGAGUACACUCGGAGGCAGUAUCCUCUACGCAACGGGCAUGGUGGACGAGCGAACAAUGGACAAAUACAAGCGAGACGCAAAGGAUAUGGGCCGAGAGUCAUGGUAUCUUUCAUGGGCUCUCGAUCAGACCAAGGAAGAGCGGGCACAAGGAAAGACUGUCGAGGUCGGACGUGGUUUCUUCGAGACCGAAAAACGACGAUACUCCAUUCUUGACGCACCCGGGCACAAGACGUUCGUGCCCAACAUGUUGUCCGGUGCAUCUCAGGCCGACGUCGGUGUGCUUGUCAUUUCCGCCCGCAAGGGAGAGUACGAAACCGGUUUUGAAAAGGGAGGUCAGACUCGCGAGCACGCCGUCCUCGCCAAGACACAAGGCAUCAACAAGCUCAUCGUGGUCGUCAACAAGAUGGACGACAUCACCGUGGAAUGGUCCGAGGAGCGAUACAAGGAGUGUCUCGCCAAGCUCACCCAAUUCUUGAAGGGUCUCGGCUAUAACCCCAAGACUGACCUGACGUUUAUGCCCGUCGCGGCGCAACAGACCAUGGGCAUCAAAGACCGCGUUCCGAAAGAUCUCUGCCCAUGGUACGAUGGUCCGUCGCUCCUCGAAUUCCUCGACUCCAUGCAAGCUCUCGAACGCAAGCUCUCGGCUCCCUUCAUGAUGCCCAUCUCCGCCAAAUACCGCGACAUGGGCACCAUGAUCGAAGGCAAGAUCGAAGCCGGCUUCAUCAAGAAAGACCAGAAAUACCUCAUGAUGCCCAACAAGGCCGAAAUCCAAAUCUCCGCCUUGUACGGCGAGUCCGAAGAAGAAAUCGCCCACGCCACCUCCGGCGAACAAAUUCGCCUCCGCAUCAAGGGCGCCGAAGAAGAAGACAUUUACCCCGGCUUCGUGCUCUGCUCCCCGAAGCGUCCCGUCCACUGCGUCACCACCUUUGAAGCGCAAAUCCGCCUGCUGGAAUUGAAGUCCAUCCUCUCCGCUGGUUUCAACUGCGUCAUCCACGUGCACUCCGCGACGGAAGAGGUGACGUUCACCGAACUGCUGCAUAAACUCGAGCCCAAGACGAACCGCAAGAGCAAGAAACCUCCUGGCUUCGCGAAGCAGGGUAUGAAUAUCAUCGCGCGGUUGGAGGUCACCGGUCAAGCGGGCAGUUUGUGUGUGGAGAAGUUUGAGGACUAUCCGCAAUUAGGACGGUUCACGUUGAGAGAUCAGGGGCAGACGAUUGCCAUUGGGAAGAUUACGAAGUUGAUUACGGAUGCGACG